AUGAAAGGUGUGCAAAGGAAUAUUGGUGCUUUGGAGCCUUUCGAUGGUGGUGAUUUUGCAGAUUAUAGCGAGCGUUUGAACUCGUUCUUCGUAGCAAAUAAUAUUGGACAGUUAGCAGCAGGAGCAACAGAAGCCGAACAACUAGCGGCUGACAAGAAAAAGGUGGCAGUUGCGAUCUCACUCAUCGGAAAAACAACAUACAGUACGUUAAAAGACCCGUGCUUACCAGAUUUACCAGCGGACAAGACAUUCCAUGAACUGACGACCAUUUUAAGCGGUUUUUACAAACCGAAGGUCCUGGAGGUGGCCGAAACGUGUGGCUCUGACAAGCAUUUGGCAGAUGCUUGUAAACACAAGGAUACCAUUUGUGGUUAUUGUAGCAAGCCCGGGCACCUGGUUCGAGUUUGUUUCAAAAAGAAAAGAGAUGAAAAGUCUAGGCAAAUUCACCAGAUCACAACAGAGGAACACUCCAGGGAGCCAGACGUUGUUUCUGAUUCUGAGCUUGCAGCUGACUCAAUUUAUACAGUAUACAUGCAUCAUGUUGGGGGAUCAGGAGAGGGAAACCCCCCUAAGUUAGCCGUGGUUAUUGAGGGCAAGGAAGUCACCAUGGAAGUCGAUACGGGCAGUGCAGUUACACUCAUAAAUGUUCAAGAUUUUGAGAGCAUUGGAGGCAGCAUCCAAACAUUGAAACCACCUACGAUUCUACUUAAAGGGUACACGGGAAAUACCAUUAAGUGCUUUGGGGAGAGUGACAUGUGCAUCCAAGUAGGAGACCAAGUUGGUGAUCUGAAGAUUCGAAUCGUUGAGGGGCCCUCCCUUCUGGGGAGAGACCUAAUGUCCAAGUUUACACUACCUUGGCAGAACAUUUUUAGUGUAGUACAGACUACUACGGAGGAUAUAAUACAUCAAUACCCAGCUCUUUUUGAUACUACUACUGUUGGAAAACUCCAGGGAGUACAAGUCUCCUUGCAAGUAGAUGAUAGUAAUCCAGUGUUUGUGAAGCCUAGAACUGUACCUUUCGCGGUGCGCGACAAAUAUGAACAGUCCUUAGAAAAGUUGGAGGCUGAGGAUAUUAUUGAGAGAGUUGAACACUCUGACUGGGCCUCACCGACAGUACCAGUAGUCAAACCCAGUGGAGAUUUACGCAUCUGCGGGGAUUACUCUGUCACUAUCAACAAGCACUCUACACUUGAACAAUACCCAGUCCCUUCACUGGAAGAAUUGUUGGGUAAGUUAGCAGGGGGGAAAAAGUACACCAAACUGGACUUAUCUCAGGCUUACCAUCAACUGGAGCUCUCCCCAGAGUCCCGCAAGUUUACUACCGUCAAUACUACUAAAGGAUUGAACCAGUACAAACUGCUAACUUGUGGAAUUAACAGCGCUGUUUCUAUUUUUCAGCGCACCAUUGAAAAUGUCUUAAAGGGUCUACCCAGCUGCUGCGUUUACAUUGAUGACAUUUUGAUCACCGGAGAGACAGAUGAAAUCCACCUUGAAAAUUUACACCGAGUUCUACAGCGUCUACAAGAAUGUGGUCUAAAGCUUCAAGAAAGCAAGUUUCAUUUUAUGCUUGAUCAGAUUGUUUACCUUGGAUUUCGCAUUUCUGCAGCAGGGAUUUCGCCAACACCUGAGAAAUUUGUACCUGCCUUUGCGGAACUAGCUUCCCCACUAUACAAGCUUCUACGCAAGGAUAAAUCAUGGAAAUGGGAGAAAGUUGAGCAAGAGGCUUUUGAGUGCCUUAAGUCUGCUAUGUGUUCUGAUACAGUGUUACAACAUUAUGAUCCUGCAGCUGAACUAGUUCUACACUGUGACGCUUCCUCGGUCGGGGUAGGGGCAACUAUUUUGCAACCCGGGCCUGAUGGAACCUUACAACCUGUGGCUUAUGCUUCGAGGACCCUUAGCUCUGCAGAACGGAACUAUUUUCAAAUUGAGCGGGAGUCCUUAGCUAUUGUUUUUGGAUUGACCAAAUUCAGACAAUACCUAUUAGGUAGACAUUUUAAGUUACUAACUGAACACAAGCCCUUGAUUACAUUGCUGGGAGAACACAAACCUGUAUUCCAGUUAGCGUCGGAUCGCAUUAAGCGAUGGGCUUUACUCUUAGCGGCAUACAAUUACACCAUAGAGUUUAUCCCAGGCAAGGACAAUGUUUUUGCAGAUUUCUUAUCACGAAAACCUGUAGAGUGUGAACCCUCUUCCGAGGAACAAGUGACAGUAAAUGUUAUGUUUAUCAAAGAGGAACAAAUUGUAACCGCUUCUAUGGUUGCCAUGGAAACCAAGAAAGAUAAUGUUUUAAGGAAAGUACUUGAUUACACUAGGAACGGGUGGCCUGAUAAACCAGAAAAGGAACUCCUCCCUUACUACUACCAGCGGUUAGAUUUAUCCUGUGAGGAUGGAGAAUUGUUAUGGGAUUCUCGUGUUGUUAUUCCAGAAUCAUUACAAGGAAUUGUAUUAAAUGACUUGCAAGCAGAACAUUUUGGCAUAGUGAAGAUGAAACAACUUGCUCGUAAGUAUUUAUGGGGCCAAAACUGGACCAACAAAUUGAGGAGACUGUGA